GUCGAUUCGUUCCCUGAAGCCGCUGGUGGUUCAGCUGCCCGCUCCUUCGCCUCCCCGAGGUUCUUUGGGUGGCACGCGGCGAAGGAGGUGGAGGCGGGCGUGAUCAGUCAUAGCGAUCCCGGUUGCAGUCGGGCGGGCAGGGCGGUUGGUUCUGGCUCGCACCGGCUGGGGCUGGUUUUCCCCGCGCAAGCGCAGCCUGUUACGGUUAAAAUAGCGAAGGGGCAAUGGCGGCGGGAGGGAGUCCUGCUGCGGCCCUGACUGGGAUGGUGCAGGUAGAAGAGCCGCGGGGGGACGGCCAGGGCACACCCGGACCGAGCUCCGGACCUGCUGCCGCCACCGCCGCCCCAAGCGAGGUACCUCCCACCAGGCCAGACCCGGCGGCCCCGGAGACGAAUCCCGAGAGCGGCGCCGUAGCGGCGAGCAGUAGAGGGGCGCGGCGGUUCCUUUGUGGCGUCGUGGAAGGUUUUUAUGGAAGGCCUUGGGUUAUGGAGCAGAGGAAGGAGCUAUUUAGAAGACUGCAGAAAUGGGGAUUAAAUACAUACCUGUAUGCUCCAAAAGACGAUUACAAGCACAGAAUGUUUUGGCGAGAAAUGUACUCUGUGGAGGAAGCUGAGCAGCUCAUGACUCUGAUAGCAGCUGCUCAAGAGUAUGGGAUAGAGUUUAUCUAUGCCAUAUCUCCUGGACUUGAUAUCACCUUCUCAAACCCGAAAGAAGUGUCCACAUUGAAGCGCAAGUUGGACCAGGUUUCUCAGUUCGGUUGCAGAUCUUUUGCACUAUUGUUUGAUGAUAUUGAUCACAAUAUGUGUGCAGCAGACAAAGAAGUAUUCAGCUCUUUUGCCCAUGCUCAAAUUUCAAUCACUAAUGAAAUCUACCAGUAUCUGGGAGAGCCACAAACAUUCCUUUUCUGUCCCACAGAAUACUGUGGGACUUUCUGCUAUCCCAAUGUUGCUCAGUCUCCUUAUUUACGAACGGUAGGAGAAAAGCUGUUACCUGGAAUUGAUGUAUUAUGGACAGGCCCCAAAGUGGUAUCUAAAGACAUUCCAGUAGAGUCCAUUGAAGAGGUUUCAAAAAUAAUUCGCAGAGCUCCAGUGAUCUGGGACAACAUUCAUGCUAAUGAUUAUGAUCAGAAAAGACUGUUUCUUGGGCCCUAUAAAGGUCGAUCAACAGAACUCAUCCCACGUUUAAAGGGUGUCCUGACUAAUCCAAACUGUGAAUUUGAAGCCAACUUUGUUGCUAUUCACACCCUCGCAACCUGGUAUAAAUCCAACAUGAAUGGAGUGAGAAAAGAUGUUGUGAUGACGGACACUGAAGACAGUACUGUUUCAAUCCAGAUUAAACUGGAGAAUGAAGGGAGUGACGAAGAUAUUGAAACAGAUGUUCUCUAUAGCCCACAAAUGGCCUUGAAGUUGUCACUAACAGAGUGGCUGCAGGAAUUCGCAGUACCUCAUCAAUACAGCAGUAGGCAAGUGGCCCACAGUGGGGCCAAAACAAGUGUAGUAGAUGUACCUCUGGUUGCACCAUCCUCUUUAAAUUCUACCACCGUGGUUACUACAGUGUAUCAAGAACCCAUAAUGAGCCAAGGAGCUGCACUGAGCAAUGAGUCUCCAGCUCUGGUCAAAGAGGAAGAAGAGAAGAAGCAAUUGGAUGAUGAGCCAAUGGAUAUGGUGGUAGAAAAGCAAGAUGAUACAGACAAAAACAUCAAUCAAAUAUUAACUGAUAUUGCUGAAGCAAAAAUGUCAGAGGAAUUAAAACCAAUGGAUACUGAUAAAGAAAGCAUAGCUGAAUCAAAAUCUCCGGAGAUGUCCAUGCAGGAUGAUUGCGGUAGUGAUAUUGCACCUAUGCAGACAGAUGAGCAGACCAACAAGGAGCAGUUUGUUCCUGGUCCCCAUGAGAAGCCUUUAUAUGCAGUAGAGCCAGUGACUUUAGAAGAUCUACAGUUACUUGCAGACCUCUUCUACCUCCCAUAUGAACAUGGACCCAAAGGGGCACAAAUGUUACGAGAGUUUCAGUGGCUCAGAGCAAAUAGCAGUGUUGUCAGUGUGAAUUGUAAAGGAAAGGACUCAGAAAAGAUUGAAGAAUGGCGUACUCGAGCUGCCAAGUUUGAAGAAAUGUGUAAUUUGGUGAUGGGCAUGUUCACUCGUCUUUCCAACUGUGCCAACCGGACAAUCCUCUAUGAUAUGUACUCAUAUGUCUGGGACAUCAAGAGCAUCAUGUCAAUGGUGAAAUCUUUUGUGCAGUGGCUAGGGUGUCGUAGUCAAUCUUCAGCACAGUUCUUAAGUGGAGACCAAGAACCCUGGGCCUUUAGAGGUGGUCUAGCAGGAGAGUUCCAGCGUUUGCUGCCUAUUGAAGGAGCAAAUGACCUCUUUUUUCAGCCACCUCCUCUGACUCCUACUUCCAAAGUAUACACCAUCAGGCCAUAUUAUCCUAAAGAUGAGGCAUCAGUUUACAAGAUCUGCAGAGAAAUGUACGAUGAUGGAACUGAAGAGCCUUUUCAUAGUCAGCCAGACCUAAUUGGAGACAAGUUGGUAGGUGGUUUGCUGUCCCUCAGCCCAGAUUACUGCUUUGUCCUGGAGGAUGAAAGUGGCAUCUGUGGCUAUGCACUGGGAACUGUUGAUGUAACCCCCUUCAUAAAGAAAUGCAAAAUGGCCUGGAUUCCUUUCAUGCAGGAGAAAUAUAGCAAGCCAAGCGGUGACAAGGAACUAUCAGAGGCAGAGAAAAUUAUGUUGAGUUUCCAUGAGGAGCAAGAAGUGCUUCCAGAAACAUUCCUUGCCAACUUCCCAUCAUUAAUAAAGAUUGACAUCCAUAAAAAGGUGACUGAUCCAAGUGUAGCUAAAAGCAUGAUGGCUUGCCUUCUCUCUUCCCUCAAGGCAAAUGGCUCUCGUGGGGCUUUCUGUGAAGUGAGACCAGAUGAUAAAAGAAUUCUGGAAUUUUACAGCAAGCUUGGAUGCUUUGAAAUAGCAAAGAUGGAAGGAUUUCCUAAGGAUGCCAUUAUCCUUGGAAGAAGUUUGUAAGGAGCUUGGUCAAUGAGUAUUUGAUUCUUUAGAUUCCUAACUGCCGGAGAGUGGUGAGCUGAGUUUUAUCUUAUUGUCUGUCCAUACAAAGGCAUCAGUCAGCUGGCCUGACAGCUUUGUGAAAAUUCACCCAUUACCUCUCCAAGAUGCUGCUGAAAACACUGUUUGGAAAACAGAUACUGGUCAUCCUCAUUUCCUGGUCUUAAGCAGAGUGCCAAGAAAUACUGCAUAUGAUGUUGCCUUGGGGAAGAGACCCACAAAUUCCUUAAAGUACUGAUGGCAGUUCCGUGCAUCUACCUAUGUAGUCAGCUGAAAGGCUGUCUUAUCCAGAAAGCAUGAACAUAAAAUGCCCCAUCUCCCGUAUUGUCAAGUGGAAUGAGAGAGGUGCAAGUGGGAUUCAUCCUGUGAGAAGAAAGGACAGUGGUUGUGCCAGUCAACAAGUGAAAAGAUCAAUAUUUGAUAGCCUUGGGUUUUGCCUUCUGUCCUGCUUCCUGAUAGGAGAGGAAUGGUCAUUGCCUCUAAAGAAUAUUGGGUUAAGCUUCAUAGGGAUAAACUGCAUUUGUUUGUGGUGAAGUUACUCAGUGGCAGAAGUGUAAAUUUCAGUGUGUAAAUAUAUAUAAACUGUAUGCUGACACUUUGUGUUUAAUUGUUUUGUAAUUCUUUUGCUUUUCAAAGCAAAGUGAUGUUGUUCUGAGACAGCACUUUCAAAUAAUGUCAAACCACAAGAGAGGCUGAAGCUAAUUCCACUACUGGCCUUUUCUGCUGUGCCUCAUGCUCUUCAGUAGAAAUAUCAUGGCGGGGGGGAGAGAAUGCUGGUCUAGAAAGGUCAUUCCUUUAGAAAACAAGUUGUCAAAAAGGGUGCAGUAGAUGCUGCCUCCUGCUAGAGAAACACUGGUUGGAGGGUGAUCCAGUGAGAUUAUUACUGCCACAACCAGUCAUUUGCCCAGCCGGACUGUGUGAAACAGCUGUAUGCUGUGGUUUACAGCUUCUAUCCUGAGUGAUUAUGUCAGUCUGCGUAAAUCAGGUCUUCAAGUCACGCACGUUUGUGUCAGACUUCUUUGUGGACAAAAAGCACAUUUUACACAUUAUUUAAGUAGUUGCCUAAUUUUAAUAUAUCACCUGUUUCAAGUGUUUGAGGUUGUCACCAAAAUCCAACAGGUGGUAUCUGCAUGGCUAGGAAUUGUAGUAGGGAGGUAGCUGCCCCACUUGGGAGAGUUGUUGCUGUUCCAAAUGAAUGCCUUGUUCCCAGGAGGCGGUCAGCCAACAUCGCACCUCAUUUCUCUCAUCUGCCACAAUCAAUUAUUUUGGCUUCUUUUGCAAAUAUGCCCUUUGGGAAAAGAUGGAAUUUAGUUGAUCACUUUUCUAAAAGCCCUCCAUCUAUGGAAGAAGUUUCGUACACUUUUUCUAAUGGCAUUUAACUACUAUAAUGUAGUCUGAAACCUUCACAAGAUGCCAAUGAUUGGGCUUGGUUGUUACUCGCUGGUUUUUGAUUUUUCACUAUGUGAACAGUUUUAAUAGCAAAAUAUUUAAGCUGCAGCAAAUACAUUUCACUUGGGGAACAAGGCACUGAGCUAUGAUAGAUCUUGUGUAAUUCCAAGCUGGCUGUCAUGAGCUGUAUGGCUUUGAGUAUAUGCUGAGCAGCUAGCCACUUGGUUUAGUUUUUAAGUAGAUGCCAGAGAGAACAUAAUCUGGAUUUAUGGCAUUAAAUUUGAGGGGGGGGGAGCUUUUUAUACAGUUAAUACAAUCUCUUUCCUUAAGAAUUUAUCACUGUUAAGCUGAUUGUGUUGAUAGGCUUGAAAUUCUGGGUCAGUCCUUUGCUCUGGGGUUGUAAAGCAAUGCACUGACACAGCUUUCAUGGUUAUCAGUUUUCAUUGCAUACACAGUUGGAAUGCCACUUUAAGGACUGUCUGUAGAUCUACUGUAUCUGUAGCAGAACGGACUGUGUAAAACUGUAUUUGAAGACCAUGUGAGAAAUAGAAUAAAUUGCAAAGUGAAUGUAAAA